UUGUUGUCAAGCAUUUGACAUGAGGAGGAUGGAGAUUGACGACACAUCAUCGGCCAGAGUCUCCAUAGGCUUCCCUCUGGGUUUGGCUCUUCUCUUCACCUUGUUCUUCUUCAUUUGCUGCUUCUUCUGCUGCUGCCUGCACUGGGAUAAAAUUCAAGCUCUGCUUCGUUCUUACGGCCUUAUUUACACCACUCAUCACUCUCACUCAUCUCCAGAUUUACCUUCCUCUCACCACAAACCUGCGCCUCCUCUUGUGGUGAUGAAACAGAGCGAGGUUCAAAGCUUGCCUGUAUUGAUGCCAGGAGAUGAGGUUCCAAGGUUCAUAGCCAUGGCGUGUCCUUGUAAUCCUCCCAAACACGAAAAGAUUACAAUUCAAGUUCACAAACAUGAUCCUACUGAUCUUUGCAGUGGCGCUUGAAUCCAGACUCGCUAUUUUAUUGAAGAUGAUAUAGGUCAGGGAAGUUUAAAGAUUAAGCCCAAUAAACGCCAAGAGUUCUUCUACACACGUUUUACCGAAAGAUCGCUCUGGAUCACUGUGACCAAGGCAGGGAGGUUAAUGCAGGAAAUGAAAAAAAAAAAAAAAUUCUGAAGGGAAAAAUUGUCAUGCGGUGGAUGAAACAAUAUGAUGUUGCCCCAAAUCUACCUCGAUUUCUUUUCCUUUUUCCAAGCUUUACAGCACUUUUAUGUAAAUAAAAACUAUUGCUGUUUGUUUUGUAGUUCUGGGUUGAUUGCCCAGAAUUAUAGAUAUUUAUACACAAUAUAAUUCUUUGAUGCGAGA